CUCCGGUUCUUCAAUUGUAGCAAUCAUGGCAGCUUGUGUAAACUAUCUACCUCUCUUCAUUCUUUCUCUUUCUACUGCCUAUUUUGCUCCGGUUCAAAGUGGAGUUGGCUUCAGCGCCCAACUCAUCCACCGUGAUUCGCCAAGAUCUCCUUUCCACAACUCAUCAGAAACCCAUUCACAACGCCUGACUAACGCCUUUCGCCGUUCCAUCAACCGCCUCUCUCACUUCAACACAUCAAGACAUGAACUUCAAUCCAAUCAAGAUGCCCCUCUGUUCGAUCCUAAGUCUUCCUCCACCUACGAACCUCUGUCAUGCUUGUCAACAGAAUGCAAAGGUCUGAAUGCAACUAUAGAUGGAACUUUUUGCCCCCCCAAAGCAGGGGAUAGUACUUGCUUGUAUACAUACACCUAUGGAAGUGGAUUCACAAAUGGUGAUCUUGCCACGGAAACAAUCACCCUAACGUCAGUCAGCGGCAAACCGAUAGCCUUUCCGAAGACCAUCAUCGGCUGCGGAAGGAACAAUAGUGGAACCUUUAACAAGGAAGAAUUUGGUAUCAUUGUCCUCGGAGGAGGUGUUGUUUCCCUUGUUUCCCAAUUGGUUCCUUCAAUAGAUGGAAAGUUCUCCUAUUGCUUGGUUUCUACUCCCGAUAUGCCUUACUACUCAAGCAAGAUUUACUUUGGUGCUAAUGCUAUUGUUUCAGGGCAUGGAGUUGUCACUACUCCUUUGGCAAAGAAAAACCCAGACACUUACUAUUUUCUUACCCUACAAGCGAUCUCUGUUGACGAUGUUAUAAUAGAAUUCAAAGGUUCUGCUUUUGGAACCACAGAAGGAAACAUCAUCAUUGACUCGGGGACUACAGCGACUAUGUUGCCUAAACACUUUUACCUGAAAUUGGAAUCAGCAAUUGCUAGUAAGAUACAGGCCAAGCGUGUUCAUGACCCUAAUAAGGUUUAUGGUCUCUGCUAUAAAUUUAAUUCCAAUUUCAAAGUUCCCAAAAUUGUAGUUCGUUUUGCUUUUGCUUCUGUGAAGUUGGAUCCUUUAAACACCUUCAUUAUAGAAUCUAAGCAUGUCGGAUGCUUCCCCUUUUUACCAACGGACAACGGAAGUGCAAUCUAUGGCAACAUGAACCAGAUGAACUUCUUGAUUGGGUAUGAUACUGUGAAGCGGACUGUUUCUUUCAAGCCAACUGAUUGCACAAUUCACUAGUUUUAUGCUUCUGUCUUUCAUUUUUGGUUCUACAUAUAUGUGAUUAUUUAUCCAUACAAGAUAUUGAUAUAUUUUCUUUGUUUUCUUAAUGUGGACUCUAAUUCCUCUAUACUUGCGCGAUUCAGAGUAUUUAUGCUUGCAAUUGUUUGGAAUGCUUGUUUAGUGUUUGAUGGAAAAGAAUAUGGUUUUUGUAAAUUAUGACUCUGGUGGUCAUUAUCUGUUACUAUUGUCUUUUAAUUUUCAUUACACAAUAAAAUAAAUUUUGAUUG